AUGGUGGGCAAGGUAGAUGACAAGGGCUCAUACAAGCAGCGGAGACAUUUGGGUACACUGGGGAUGGAUUUGCAUAUAUACGGAGUCCGGUGUGGUGGUGUGGAACAAUCUUGCACCUUGAUCGUAGUGGUUGCUGGAGAGUUGAUGAAUACCGCUGCCUAUGCAUUCGCUCCCGCCGUGCUAGUCACGCCGCUUGGAGCAUUGAGCGUACUCAUUGGUGCAUUGAUGAGCUCACAUUUUCUCAAGGAAGAGAUCAACGUCCUCGGAAAACUCGGAUGCGCUGCCUGCCUUUUGGGAUCGGUGCUGUUAGUGCUCCAUGCCCCGGGCGACAAGGACAUCCAGACUAUUGAUGAGAUUCUGCACUUGGCAAUUCAACCAUUCUUUCUUCUAUAUUGCGUAUGCGUUGCAAUCCUUGCAAUUUACAUUAUCUGGAAAAUCGCACCAAUCCAGGGGCGAACAAACCCGUUGGUUUACAUCUCCAUCUGCUCUUCGGUCGGAUCUGUGUCUGUCAUGUCAGUCAAGGCAUUCGGAAUUGCGGUGAAACUUACGGCAGGCGGCGACAACCAAUUCACCCAUGCAUCUACAUAUGUCUUCGCAUCAGUUCUGGUGGUCACCACCCUAACCCAGAUGAACUACUUGAACAAGGCAAUGAGCGAAUUUCCUGCAUCGCUAGUAAACGCGAUGUACUAUGUUGGUUUCACAACAUGUACCCUCUCUGCUUCCAUUAUCUUUUACCAAGGGUUAAACACUAGCAAUUGGACCAGUAUCAUCUCAAUGAUAUGUGGAUUUCUGCUUAACUUUACGGGCAUAUCGCUUUUAACAUUGUCCAAAACUGCGCCUUCCAAUAAAGGACACAUGGACUCGGUGCGAGGGAUGAGCAUGCGGUCACUGGAACUCUCUCACGGACAAUACAACCACGUACGAACAAGUAGUGUGGAAAUUGAACAAGCUCAUAGGAGACGGUCCUCCGGAGUAUAA